CAGCGGCCGAGAAGUUAUGAUGUUCCGCGGAUUUCUCUUUUGCUUUUUGUUAUACCUGAACGGUGGUUGGUGUAAAAGGACACAACAGAUCCGCAGUUUCCCAGAUGGUUUCCUGUUCGGUGCUGCUACGGCCGCGUACCAAAUCGAAGGCGGCUGGUAUGAAGAUGGAAAAGGCUUAUCCAUAUGGGACAUUGCUACCCACACCGUACCCUCGCCGAUAAAAGAUGGCAGCACUGGCGACGUAUCAGCUGACUCCUAUCAUCUGUACAAGAGAGACGUGGAACUAAUGAAGGAACUGGGCAUUGACUUCUACCGGUUCUCAGUGUCUUGGUCCAGGAUCUUACCCAACGGAUUCGCCGACAAAAUCAACCAACCGGGCCUUGACUACUACAAUAACUUGAUAAAUGAAAUGCUCGACAAUAACAUCACGCCGUUCGUUACGAUUUACCAUUGGGAUUUACCUUACAAUCUGCAGAAAUUGGGUGGAUGGACCAAUCCUUUAAUAGUCGAAUGGUUUAGGGAUUAUGCUAAGAUUUUGUUCGAUAGAUUCGGCGAUAGAGUCAAGUUUUGGAUGACGAUAAACGAACCUAAACAGAUAUGCUAUGAGGGCUACGGCAGUGACUUGAAAGCGCCGUUCCUCAAUGCUACAGGUAUUGCAGAGUAUAUAUGCGCGAAGAAUAUUUUACUGGCUCAUGCGAAAGUGUACCACUUGUACGACGAGAGUUACAGGAAAAUACAGAAUGGUACGAUCGGGAUAUCUUUAAGCUGCACGUGGUACGAACCAGCUUCCGAUACGAGUGAUGAUCAUCAGGCGGCUGUGGAUGCAAGGCAGUUUGAUUGGGGCCAAUACGCCCAUCCCAUCUUCAGCAAUGCAGGCGAUUUCCCAGCCGAAGUAAAACAGAACAUUGCCCUAAAGAGUGCGGAGCAAAGUUUCCCUAAAUCCCGUCUUCCUGAAAUGUCGGCAGCAGAAGUAGCCCUUAUCAGAGGAUCCUCGGAUUUCUUCGGUAUCAACUCGUACACUACCAAAUUGACGUAUCGAGAUGCAUCUUUGGAAGGAAUGUAUCCUGUACCAUCAUAUAUGGACGAUAUGGGCGCUGUUAUGAUCAAAGACCCGUCGUGGACUCAGGCGCAGUCGACAUGGUUACAGGAAGUACCUUGGGGCUUCUACAAAUUACUAGUGGAAGUGAGGAACUUGUAUGACAAUCCACCCGUGUACAUCACUGAGAACGGCUGGUCGACUGCCGGGGGCCUGUUAGACGAGGGCCGCAUAUCGUACUAUAGGAGUUACCUGACCGCCCUACUGGAUGCUUUGGAUGAAGGAUGCGACGUUAAGGCGUACACUGCUUGGUCGCUCAUCGACAACUUUGAAUGGAAGAACGGUUAUACGGAAAAGUUUGGGCUGUAUGAAGUGGACUUCUCCAGCCCAGAGCUCACCAGGAGGCCAAGGAAGUCCGCGCAUAUCUACAAGGAGAUCAUCAGGUCAAGACAACUCAACCUUAAUUAUGAACCAGAAGACUUUAUCCACGAACACGAUGUUAAAGAAAAAGGGGCAUAACAUUAAAAUAUGUUGGGAAG